CGCGUCGCCCCAGUCCACAUACUGCAGCGCGAUGGAAGCCGCCCCCGUUGCUGCCGCCGCCACUGUCGAGUCCGCCGCCGAGGUGGUGGCCGCGCCCCCGGAGGCGGCGCCUCUGCCUCCCCCGCUGCUGACCGAGGGCGCCGCCGCCCCCAGUGAAGUGCCGCCAGCGACCCCCGCGCCUGUAGAGGAUGCUGCCCCGGCCGACGUUCAAGCCGUCCAGGUCCGAGUGAAUCAAAAGUCGAGCCUCAAGGACGAGACCCCCGCUGCAGAGAAGGACGCCGCUGCUGAACCCGCCGCUGAGCCCGCCGCCGAGAAGGAGGCCGUGAAGGAGACUGAGGCUGCCCCCGCUACCGACGCCGCCCCCGCCGCCGCCGAGGUCGAGGCCGAGACCGAGACCAAACCCGCUGAACCUGCCAAAGAGGAUGUUCCUCCUCCCCUGCCGCAGUCCCCUCCCCCCACGGAGGCUCCACCACCGACACCCGUCGCCCCGGCCGCCCCCGUCGAAGAGACCAAGACCGACGCCGUGACAACCUCAUCCUUGAGCUCCGAGACGACCGUCGAGAAGACUGCCUCCUCCGUGGUUGUGACCAACAGCGUAGUGUCAGAGAGCAGCAGCACAGUCACCACCGAGACCACCACCGUAAUCACCAACGGCACCACGAACGGCAUCGAAGAGGUGGUGUCUGCUGCUAAGGUGAGCAGUCUGGAUGUUCCCGUGCCAGAGAUCAAUGUCCAGCCUGCCUCCCCUGUUGUCUCCGAGCGAUCCCCCAUUGAAGUUAAAACGGAGAUGCCCUCAGAAGUGCCUGCUGCAGAAAUUACCCCAAUCCCUGAAGCUCAAGUUCAGGCUCCAGCUGAAACUCCCGUUGAAGUCCCUGUUGAGGCUCCAUCUCCUCCCACUCCUUCUACUGCACCCAUGUCCCCUGACUCUACAACUUUACCUGAAACCAUCCUUCCAGUGCCCACAGAACCUGAAACUCCUGCUGUCCAAUCCCCCAAAACCGAAGUUGUUCCUUCACCUUUAGAGGCUGCUGAGCCUACAAUCCAAGUUCCUGAACCCGCAGUCGUUCCUGAACCAACUAUCGAAGCCCCUAAAAAUACCUUAGAAAGUGUAGAACCAACUGUCGAAGCCACAGAAUCUGUUGAACCUCUUCCCGCCCCCGUAGAAGAACCCCUUCCCGUCCCUGUAGAAUCAAUUCCCGAACCUGUUCCUGAAGUUGAGGCACCCCUUCCACCUCCUGUAGAUGAAAUCCUAGCUGUUAAUGAGCUGCCUCCCCCUCCCCCUCAAGAUCUGUCCUUGGAGGCUGAAGAGAGCAAGGAUGCCGUAAUAGUAAAUGGCAUUUCACCUGUAGACGAAGUUCCCCUUCCCUUGCCCACACCAGAGGUCAUUGCGGCAGAAGCAGCAGCUGAGAAGACGGAGCAGACAACACAGGAUGAAAUAAAUGAUGAGGAUGGAGCUGGUGAGAGUCUAGCAGAGGUUACUGUGACUGAAACUGUGACCAAGGAAGUUUCCGAGACCAUUAAUGAGGCUGCCAAGGAACUUCAAGCAGAGGUUGUGGCUGCAGCUGUUGCCGCUGUCACAGAGAUUAAAAAUGCAGAAGAAGCUAAGGCGUAGGCCAAGAACUGUUGAUUAAAGGUAUAUUUGUCAGUCGUAUGUGAAAGACACAGGAGGAAGCGACAUGAAGACAUUCGUUUUGUGAAGAACAUUUUGUAGCCAAAUUUAAAAUGUUUCUUAAUUAUUUGAAGUCAUUCCUCAAGACGGCCGGCCGGAUGUGAGAAAUGUGUUGUGUGAAAAGUGUCAUGAACUGGAAAGGCGACAUAAGACAUGUGCCUUGCAUCAAGCCAUCAGAGCAGCCCACUUCAGUGCUCCAUGGCUGGUUUCGAAUAUGCAUUUACAGUGUGUAUAAACUGUACUAAAAUGCAUGCACAUUCUUCAGUUUUUAAAAAAAUAUUCUUACGAAUUGAUAUUCUGAUCAGUAACUACCAUCAGAUGGUUACCACAUCACGUUAGUGGGAUUUUAAAUCUUUUUUAGCUUUGUAUAGGUGGACAUCUCUCUUUUUAAUAUGUAGAAUUUAUUUUUUUGUAAGUGUACUAUUUUUAUGCUGGCCCACAAUGCCUUCAGGUGGCUUUAGCAAGAUCUCUGUGCUCUUGUUCAUUCAUUGUAUAAAUGUUGCCUGUGCCCAAUAUGAUUGGCAGCUCACAAUAUUGCUUGUAAAUUUAGAUUAAUGUGUAUUUGCUGAAGCACGUUGAGAUAAAGAAAUCUUUUCUAAACAACGAAACUGCUUGCAACCGUAUUUCCUCUUCUUCCCUGAUUAUUUCAAACAAGCUUGUUCUAUCGUGUUAAUUAAUUCUAUUAUGUAGACUGUGCUGAAUUACUUUCCAUUUUCAUAAGUUGAAACUAUGAAUCCCACCAGAUUUCGUAUGUGUGAAUGUGUUUAUAAGAGGUUAAAUAGAUGAUGUUUUCAAUCUUAUAA